CUAAUCUUGAUUGUGCCGAUUGCCAACCAUAACCGCUCAUUGAUUUUAAGAGGAAAGUAAGAAACGCCUAUUUUUAAUUCGAAGGGCGACAGCGAGCAGCUAGUCACGUAUCAGACGGUAGGCCGAAUUUGAGGUAGGCUUCGAUUUAAAGUCGUUGAAGUGUUUUUCGAGAUGUUCAUGCCCAACCCAUGUUUUUGGUAUGGGUUUUCACUCAACGAUCAUUGCAUUAACUGUCUGUAAAACUUGUGCAUUUGAAGCAGAAGAAUAUCCUCAUUGCUCAGAUUAACUUACCUCGAGAGGCCCGAUUUCCAAAGCCGGCACCGAGUCGGAGUGCUGAGGUAAGCAUCCAAGGAUACCAAAUUGUAUGCAACAUGGCUGCUGGGACCAGAAGGGUUUCUGCUGCCUCUGCCCGAGCCCACACCCGGAAAGGCAAGUCUGAGGGGGGAUCUCCAUUUGGUAGAGGUAUAUUAAAGAAACUGUUCCUUGUUUCAUUUGUGGUGUUCCUUGCAUGGGCAUACAAAUCCAUCCAACCACCCCCUCCUAAUAUUUGUGGAUCUCCCAAUGGCCCUCCUGUAACUGCUCCUCGUGUUCAGCUUCCAGAUGGUAGACAUUUGGCCUAUAAGGAACACGGAGUUCCAAAAGAGAGAGCUAAGUACAAGAUUAUUUUCGCGCAUGGUUUUAGGGGAUCCAGAAACGAAUCCCUUAAUGUUUCCAAGGAACUUCAGGAAGAACUGGGUGUGUACAUUGUAACUUUUGACAGAGCUGGGUAUGGAGAAAGUGAUCCAGAUCCUAAGCGAUCUGUCAGAAGUGCAGCUCUUGAUAUCGAACAGCUUGCAGACCAACUUGAUCUUGGCCCUAAAUUUUAUGUAACGGGCCUCUCUAUGGGGGGAUAUUCAAUUUGGGGAUGCCUCAAAUAUAUACCUCACAGAUUAGCAGGUGCGGCACUCCUAGCACCUGUUGUAAAUUACUGGUGGCAAGGAUUCCCUGCUAAUUUAUUUAAUGAAGCUUAUUCUCUGCAAGCUCUACAAGAUCAAUGGGCACUUCGUAUUCCACAUUAUACCCCUUGGUUAACUUAUUGGUGGAUGACACAAAACUGGUUUCCUUCUUCAAGUGUUAUAUCUGGUACUUGGAAAACUGUGAACCGAUAUGAUGCUGAGAUGAUGCAAAAUGUUUUUGCCCGUCAACGAGCAGCUGGACAUUUCAGGGCAACAGUGCAGCAAGGAGUCUUUGAGUCUUUGCACAAAGACAUGAUGGUUAUGUUUGGUAAGUGGGAUUUUGAUCCCAUGGAUCUCCAGAAUCCAUUUCCCAACAAUGAAGUUUCUGUGCAUCUAUGGCAAGGGGAUGAGGAUGCACUUGUACCAGUGUCGUUGCAGCGUUAUGUUGCUAAAAGGCUCCCUUGGAUUCAUUACCAUGAGGUUCCCGAGGCUGGUCACUUGUUCAGUUUCAUGGAGGGCAUGACUGAUCGCAUAUUGAGGAGUCUUUUGUUGGGAGAGGAAUCUCCAAACAAUACGAGUUAGACUUGAUGACGAUUUAUAUCUAUUAUCACUUUUCUCCAUUAUAGACCAGAGGAAUUUGUAGUUUCUAAUUUUCUGAUAUAAACAGCUUUGUGCUUUGCAGUUA